GACAGCUGAUCCGCCGGAGACUGGUUGAAUCCGAUUGGCGGCAGCGAGUUAGUGGGCGGGGCGACACCGGAAUUCCGCCUCUCCCCGUUCUGAGCACUCGCGCUUUCAAGAUGGCGGGCGGUGGCUGUUGAAGUGUCCCGGGCUGCUCUCUGGCGCUGACGCUCAAACUUUUGGCUAACUCGUUCCCUUCGCCCACUCCCAGCUCCCCUCGUUUUCCCGGACACCAUGCACUUCUCCAUCCCCGAAACGGAGGUGCUGAGCGGCGAGAACGGUUCCACGUACGUGGCUUACAAUAUUCAUGUAAAUGGAGUGUUACACUGUCGAGUUCGAUACAGUCAACUUUAUGGACUACAUGAGCAGCUGAGAAAAGAAUAUGGGAACAAUGUGCUUCCUCACUUUCCUCCUAAAAAGAUAUUUACACUAACGACUGCAGAAGUUGAACAACGUCGCGAACAAUUAGAGAAGUAUAUUCAGAGUGUGCGCCAAGAUUCCUUGCUUGGUAGCAGUGAAGCAUUCAACAGCUUUCUCAGAAAAGCACAGCAGGAAACUCAACAGAUUCCAACACAAGAAGUACAGCUAGAUGUCUACCUGUGCAAUGGACAGAAAGUGGAAGUUAAUAUUUUCAGCUCAGAUCAAACAGAAGAUGUCUUGGAGGCAGUUGCAGCAAAACUAGAUCUUCCCGAUGACCUAGUCGGAUACUUCAGCCUUUUCCUUAUUCGAGAAGGAAGUGAUGGCGGUUGUUCUUUUGUACGAAAACUGCAGGAGUUUGAAUUGCCCUAUAUUUCGGUCACAAGCUUGAAGAAUGCAGAAUACAAAAUAGUACUGCGAAAGAGCUAUUGGGAUUCUGCGUACGAUAAUGAUGUUAUGGAAAAUAGAAUAGGAUUGAAUCUGUUAUAUGCCCAGACGGUAGCUGAUAUCGAACGUGGGUGGAUCCUUGUCAACAAGGAACAGCACCGACAGCUAAAAUCGCUUCAAGAGAAAGGUUCGAAAAAAGAGUUUAUCAGCCUGGCACAAACGCUGAAGUAUUAUGGAUACAUCAAAUUUGAUCCUUGCAUCACUGAUUUUCCAGAGAAAGGUUGCCAUGUAAUAGUUAGUGCUGGCAACAAUGAACUGAAUUUUCAUGUCAAGUUGCCGAAUGAACAGAUCAAAGAAGGCAGUUUCAAGGUCACACGCAUGAGAUGCUGGCGUGUAACUUCCUCGCAGGUUCCACUGACAAAUGGCACAGCAAGCAGCCCGGGAAAGACUGAGACCAAACUAGAACUGGCUUUUGAGUAUCUGAUGAGCAAAGACAGACUACAGUGGGUGACUAUUUCUAGUCCACAGGCAAUAAUGAUGAGUAUCUCUUUGCAAGCAAUGGUGGAUGAGCUCAUGGUGAAGAAAUCAGGUGGCAAUAUAAAGAAGAUGCUGAAGAAGCGGAUAAAUGGUGCGCUACGUCGAUCAGACAGCCAGCAAGCUGUGAAGUCCCCUCCACUCCUGGAUUCACCUGAUUCAAACAGAGAUCCUAUUGUCAAACUCUCAAGUAAACUUUCUUCUGUUAGCAUCCGAGGGAUCAGCACUUCUAAUUCCUCUGGUGAUGUCAGUGCUAAUGACUUCCAUGGAAACUAUGCUUUUGAGGGAAUUGGUGAUGACGAUUUGUGAAGCCUGUCAAGUGAACCAAUCUACUUGCCUGGGGGAGAAACCAAAAUCUUGCACUUGCAUCUGAUCAGUUUGCACUGAAUUGAAUGAGAAAGAUUGAACCAUGACUGCUAUUAUGAAGAUGUCAUCAUUGGUUGCGAUGCAUGUCAAGAAGCAACAAUGUUAAAGGGUCAUGAUUUUUUAUGAUCAUGAGUAACACCAAAUUAUCGUUUACUAGAGUAUUUUGCACAAUGAUUCAAAUUUGUUUUGAAAAAUCUAUAAGAUCCUUGAGUUUACACAUAAAUAUCAGUUGAAUUUAACAGUAUUUUUUAAAAUACCUAAAAUCUGUAGCAGCAGUGUGUUCCAAGUGGAGCUAGCUUCUAAUCUUGUGAAUUUAAAGAUGAAUGACAACACUAACUUGUUUACAGAUUGGAGCAGUGGUUUUGUAAAACAUUGUAUAACCAAACCACGGCAUCCAGCCAGCAUGGAAACGAAGAUUUUAGAUAGCUGUGCACCACAUUGAUUAUUUAGGUGUAGAAAGCUUAAGAAUCCAUUUGCAAAGAAAACUUCUUAGUCAUUGUGUGGCAAAAUUACUACUCCUCGUUUCUCAGUUGCCUUAUUUCAGUGCAAGAUUGCCAUUGUUUUGUUAUCUCUUUAUUGUAUUGCCUGUAUCUUAUGUUGAUGAUUUAUGGCUCAUUGUCACCAUUCCAUCUGCAUAAAUGUGAGUUUUUCAGCGUAACAGUAUAUCUUUAAUUCUACUUUGGUGAUUUAGGACUAUUCUCACAAGUGAAAUCUGAGUUAAUUUCACUUAAUUUUGAUCCAGCACUCUACUUUGAUUGCAGAAUGUUGGAGGUUGUAUCUAAAGAACUCAUUCUUGGAGCAGACCAUAGUGUUGAGACUAAAUUGGAUUAUUUUAAUUCUCUAAUGAUGUGUGUUUUCCCUAUAGAAUCCUUCUAAUCUAAUCCUGUGUACAAUAUGUACAUGUUGAGAGCAAGGUACAAGGUAAACCAAAGUAAUUUGGUCACAAUUUUAGCAAAAUUGUAACAGCUGAAAAAUACUAACCAAAUAUUCACCUACAGCCUUGCAGCAGGCAAAUCUUGUGAUUCUAUUGAAACACUGCAUUGUACUGUUGCCAGUGAAAGGCCUAAAAAGGGUUUAAUUAACAUGCCUAAAUAGCAACAUUUGAGAUCAUUUAGUAUCAAACUGAACAAUCUAGCAGAGUUUGCUCUUGCCAUACUUCCAAUGUCAAAUUAUUAGUUCAUGCUUACUGGUCAAUUAUGGAAGAUGUGAAGUCAGCUGUUAACUUCAAUAAAUUAGAAGUUUGCCAUUGUGUUCUGAAUGCAACCAACCUCUUUUCAAAAAAAAAUUAAGACAAUUACUGCUUGGUCAUGCAGCCUGACAUGAAAAGAUUUUGUAUGCUAAGAAUUGAACAGUCGAUGCUUGGAUGAUAAAUAUGGACAAGUUUUGAUUCCACAGAAGUGUCCAUGCAACUUAGUGAAAAGAAUUGGGCCCCUUUUGUGUUCCUGAAAAGGGUAAAUUUUGACUCCUUUUACCAAGGUGAUUUAGCCAUUGCCAACAUCCUCAAUACAUUUGGUUUUAGCUAUCCCUUUUUAAAAAAAACUGGCUGCCCAACAAUCUGUGAAAUAAAUUUGCAUGCUUUGAAAACCUUGAAGUCAGCUGUUUGAUAAUUAAACAGUUAUUUAAUGCUGUGCCUUUCAUACCAGCUUUCUGGUAAUGGCACUGUACUUCACUGAUAUCAAUCAUGGUUGAAAUUACUAAUGUCAGAUUGUCUGUCUUAAUACCCUUCUUUACAUCUAAAACUGCUUAAUACAUGUAGUAAUGGUUCUAAAAAUGUCUGAUGCCUCCUAUUUUUAGCUAUCUUUUCAGACCCAUUUUAAAUAGCCCAAAGAAAAGAAAAUUGAAGCCAACAUAAUUAAAUUCUUACAUGCUGUAUUUUGAUUUCAAGUCAUUGAUAAAUCAACAUAGUAACAUUUGGGUAGAUUAGUAAUAGUUGGAUAGAUUAGUAACAUUUAGACAGAUUAUCAAAAUAGUGAUUUGAAAAGCCUGAAGCUAUAACACUGCAUGCAUGGGGAUAAAUACUGCAGCUAAGAAUUGUUAAUCUUAAAAGUAGAAGAAAGCAAAAAAAAAAACUAAAUCUAGAUUGUGCAAUCUCAUAAAAACUGUUCUAAGGAAUGAUUAUCAUUCUGAGAUGUUAAAUCUGUAUCUGUUAAUUGCUGCCUGGCCUGCUGAGUACUUCCACCUUCCUUUAGUUUGGCCUCCAACAUUUCACAGUAUAUUUUACAAAUAUAGAACUGUUAGGAAUAGAGUCGAAUUCAAAAUAUUAGAUAAGAAUAAACAAUUGCAGGAAGUAAGUGAUGAGAAGUAAAAUAUGAUGCAUUGUGAAGAUAAUACUGAAUUGCAAUAGUCCAGAUGUCUCUGGGAGAAGCAAGAAUCUUAACCCAAAUGUGACAUUUUGGAGGUUAUUAUUUCCAAUUGUACCAGAAAUGUCUCAUUACAAUGGUUGGCAUGACUGGUCAGGACCUGUUCCAAACAAUACCAAGAUAAUGCAUUAACAGUUAUGUUGAAUAGUCCUGAUUUAGUUGCAAUUUUAUCUACUUUGUAAAUUAAAAGAAAAUGAUAUUUUAAGAGACCAGGAUACGUGUCCAUCCAUCUGUAGAGCAUCUCAAUUCUCAGAUGGCAUGUCCAGAAAAGAAUGCCAGGAAUUGCAUCCUGUUUCCAGUGAAAUUGUUGCCCUUUUUUCUAGUCAUUAAAAUUAUUUGUGAAUACCUGAAGUAACUUAUGGAGGAAAAAAAAAAUGUUUUUAUCUUCUUGAAAUUUAAGUUUUGAUCCAGAACUUAAUCUGUUUUCGUAUAUGCUUUUUAGUUUGAUUGUAUGUACAUGAUAACUUCAGCUCACAUAAAAUAAUAUGGUACUCCCUGCUUCCAUGCUGAGAAUUAAAAUUGCAUUAGAAAUCAUUUUAACUGUUUAUACCCCAAAUUUUGGUUAAGCAGGCAGGAAAAAGUGGAAUCCCGUGUAUAUCAAGGUUGCACACUGUUUACUGAAUCUAUUGACUUUCAAUUUUUCAGGCAUUCUAGUCAAAAUUGAUCCUUUUUAGAAAUGUCAUCUGUUUCAGAAGUUACUGAUGCAUAGUGCUACUUAAAAGAUGCCCAGAAUUAGAAUAUAACACUAAACAUCCAUGUGAAUCUACUAAUUUUCAUUUUCUCGGCAUUUUUUAAAAAAUAUGCACAAAAUAAGCACUGCUUCUGGAGAUCUUGUGUUUAUACCAUCUUAUUUAAGUUGGGUGAAGUUGUGGGAAGUCCCUGAAAUUUCUGUAACAUUGUAAUAAUCUCUUGGGGAGGGGGGAACCUGAAUGAAUCUCCAUCUUUCUGCCUCUCAGCAAGAGAAUAGCCACAGAGAUUUCCAUAAAAGGGAAGUAUCUUCAGGUUGGCCUUUUCACCUGAGGUUGCAACAAAUGAGUGGGGGGAAAAGAAUUCCUUUUGAAAUUUCUAUCCCCUAUGUUAUCCCAUAGUACUUUCAUCAUCCACAUCUGAUAUAGGCAAUGGACAGAUGUGUACUUUUCAAUAGUUAUUAAAAUUAUGUAAUUUAGAUUUCCUUGAGUUAUAUGCAAUCUCUCUCGCUGCAAAUCAGGAGAGGAACCAGUUCUAUCAAAAAAAUUUAAAGAUCCCUAGUUACUCUUGGUUGACAAAUGCAAUAGAUUCUUAAAAUAUCUUUUGAACCUUAAAAAUUGUGGCCAUGAAGCUACCUGUUUCCACUUUUUGAAAGUUGCGCAAUGUCAAUUAUGUUUGUCAUUCUUUUUACAAUUGUGAAUAUUGCUGAUUUAGUAUAUUGAAACAUAUUCAGUAGCAGAAGCUCAAUGCCUUGUAUAUCUUGCUGUUCCUGUUUUUAUUUCAAUUUUUAAAUCUGCAGAUGCUUUGUUAGGAUUUACACAUGGGCUCAGCAAUUUUGCUGUAUUUAAAAUGGUGAUCUUAUAGGGCUAAAUUUUGAGUGAUAAAUUGUAGCCUGAUUGUUUUGAUAAACUUUGCAAGAAAGCAUUCCAAUUUUGGUUAUGGAGAAGUUGAAACAUUAAAUAGAGAAUUUUACUCUGAUUGUUAUAGAUAUCUAUGUGUGGAGGGCUCAAGCAAUCAGACUGCUUGGUCCAUAAUUGUAGUCCUUGUAUUUAUGCAUAUAAUAUUGAAAGACAUAUAAUUAACUUUCUCAAAGGAGACCUUUUAAUGACAUGAAUCUCCUUUAAUUAUUUAAACAAGAUAUUUACAAUUAUCUAACACAAUUAGACAUGCAUUCAUAUACUUCUAAGAGUCCUUGCAGCUAAGUGCAUGGUUAUUCUGAGGUACUUAAGGAAUGUCUCUUAAUAUUCUGUAUAUUGAAACAUCUGUUUUCAUUGCAAUCUAUAACAUAUAAACUAUUUUUGUACUAUAGAAUGUACAAUGUCUUUAGAAAUUUUUGAUUUCCAUUAGUACAGAAUAGAUUGGGCAAACAUGCAUUAUGUACAAUUAAAUGUCUACAUUAGAAACAUGAAUAGUGACCACAGUAUAGCACCUUAAGUCAGUUUGUUUGAAAAACCUGAUUUGUAAUAGUUAACUUUGUCUACAUGUAUCCACCAUCAUUUGAAUGUCUCCCAUUUAAAUGUAUUUAAUGAAUUUGGUCAUUGUUCCUAUCACUCUUAGAAUUUGUCCUAUCAGCGAGUGAAUAAUUGCAAGGCUACAGUAAUUACUCUUUGCAUUUUCAUGAAGCAGCAUCUGAAAUUUUACUAAUCGUAACUGUUUCCUCAUUUUAAUACAAUGAUUGAACUUAAAUAUGAGCACAUACUCCACUGCUUAUCAAAAUCAUUUUGAUGUCAGUGUGAUUUCAUGAUUGUUAGACAUUUAUUUAAGACAAAAUGCACCUAAGGGUCCUGUAAUUUUUCAGAAAUUCAGUUUGUUCAGUUUUUAAAUAACUUUUUAAAAAAAACUAAGUUCGUAAGGUAGCUGAUAACUCAUGUUAUAAAAUAAAAUACAAAAACAUUUAAUCUUGUCACCUUGCAAAGAAAAAACAUCCAUAGCAUUAUAUAAAUUGUUUUCAUGAAUGGAAUAGAUUCCUUUGAAUUACAUUGACAGGAGUGACUUUUUCCCCCAAUGUUCCCCCUCCCCCCCCCUUUAUGUAUUGAAGACUCUUUAGUUGCCAUGUUGAAAAGUAUUUUACUAUCAAACUAUAAGAAGCUUGCAUUUUAAAAGGGUUCAAAGUCGUACCAUAUACUUUAAAAGUCUGCCCUCUACCAUCAAGGUCAUCUUUUAUUAAUGUUUUAGCAUAAAGAAUCCAAGAUGUUUUGAAGUAUUUCUUUAAAAUACUUGUGGAUACAAAGUGGAUGCCAAAUGUUGCAUAUUUUGAAGCACUUUAUGAGUGACUUUUUUUUUUACAGUUUAACUUAUGACCAUUAUGCUUAAAUUGUGAGGCACUUGACCAAAAUGCUUGCACACACAAUGGGUGGCUGGGGUUGAGGUGCAUAUUGUACAAAUGAGUUGAUUGAGAAUUAAGCUGUGAAUUUGCCUAUCAUGUUAUGAGCUUAGUCCAAGAAUCUGUCAUUGCAUCAUUUUACUGUUGGGCAUAAGAUUAAGUUUCAAAUAUAAUCCAUUCUACCCUUUCUUUAAAAACAAGUGCAGUCUUAAAUGAAUAUCGGAGUUUAAAUGUAUUUCAUUCUGUUUUCAUCGAAGCAGAUGGGUAAAAAUAAGAAACAUUUCCAAAGACUUGCAGAUACUUCACUAUGUUCAGUCAACCUGCAGUAAUAAUCUUAGUUUGUGAUAGAAGUGGUACAUAGGAUAGAGACAUCUUUUGAAGAAUCCUAAUUCUUGAUUUGAAUGAAAAACUGGUACGGCCAUAUUGACAUUAGAUCAACUGAAGUACUAUAAAUUUUUAUAACUGGAAUUGUAUGAAUUAAAAUGUUGGAUUAAUGCAUGGCCUGUAAAUGGAUUUCUCUCCACUUUUUCACCAUGUUAAGAUUUGAAGUGUUCUUGUUUACCAUUUGUUUCUCACUCAAUGCCAUUGUGAGAUUUUCAUACUUGGAUCAUGUAACAAUAAAUGGUAUUGCUCUGUUUUGUUUAACCUUCAUGCUCUAAGACUGACUUUAUGACUUAAAAAUUGCUUAUUUACUUCUCAGUAUCUGGUUAAUGCACCUUAAUGUAACACUAAUUGCCUAGUCUGUAUUAUAGCUUGUUUUCCUGUAUGUAUCUAUACCAGCAGAAAUCUGAUAAGCAGAUUUAAUUUUUAUAUUAAAAAGCUUGAAUUGUAUAAUAUGCAAAUAAAACUAUUUUCAUAAUGUGAUUUUA